CUUUAAUACCAGAGGGUUUGGAAGCCAGAGCUGGAAAGCUGAGACUCCACUCAGGUGCCUCAGUGUGUCUGACCCAAAAUCAACGGUGUGGUCAAUUUUUCCACAACAAUUUGGGGGCUCGUCCGGGAUUCCACAGAUGACUUCCCCGGACCUGAGGACCGCGGGCAGUUCCUUUCCAACCCCAGGGCCCAUCUGAGAGGUCUAUCCAUUCUCAGGUCCGUGAAGCCCUCCCUAAACCAGCGGAUACUGCAUGUCACCCGUUGCAACCUGGAGACUGGGUGUAUACUAAGGUGCACCAACGCAAGUCCUCCCUUGAGCCUCGCUGGAAAGGCCCCUACCAGGUGUUGCUGACCACCCACAUGGCGGUUAAGUGCAAGGGACUUGCUGGUUGGGUCCACGCUUCCCAUUGCAAACGUUCUUCAGUUUCUGAGGACCGCACUGACAUGUCCAUGGUACCGGUCAUUCCUGAGAUCCGCGAAAUCCCACCUCCUGAGGUCCCUGUUCCUGAGAUUCCUGCGCUUCCGGAUCCUGAAGGUCUUCCUCCCAUUGCUCCCCCAGCCGGGUCCAGAUAUAACCUCAGGAGAAGACGUUAAAGGACUCAUAGGGGGCUAGUCCCUCUUACAGGACUCACUCAGACAUGGCUGCUCCUAGAGCCAUAAGGGAAUCUGCUAUGGUGCGGAGAUGGCUUAUGCCCUCCCUGUGGUUCAUUUGUAUUACUAUGCUGCUCUUGUUGCUUUUGAACUUCCAUGACUCUUUUAUGUACUUUUGGGCCCCUGUGAAGACAGAUGUUCCCACCAUACCCAUCUGCAAUAUUCCCCUAGGCCCCCCAGUGAAGGGGUUAAGACCCUCCCCCACCCCUUCAGAUCGUAAGCGGAGAUCCCUACAAGUAGGGAAGGAAGAAAAGGAGGGCCCGAAACCCCUAACCAUUGAGGAUGUUAAAAAUUGGCCCUGGUGGAAAAGACGCUAUAUUGUACAAUGGCAAGGAGGGAAUUGCGGGGGGUAUUCAUGGCAAUGUGGUACCGAUUGGGUUUUAGGAUUUAUCCCGCAGGCAGCAAAAUGCGUGGAGGCCAGGUGCCCUCACCUUGCCAGACUAUCCCUGAAUUAUUACCCACCCCGGCCCCCACUUUUCCCCCUCCCGUUAAUCACACCUCCCACGAUUACCCCUUUUCCACGGGAGCUUCCCGUUCCCCUAGGUCAGCCACCCCCCACAUUUUCCGGUUAAUAACCGAACACACGAAUGUUAUACAGUGGCCUAGACCCUCCCUUUCUGGAGACUUAUUUUCCUACUGCUCCGCUCGACUGUUUUUCUCCCUUCGAGACCACCCCGGCCAGUUGUACCAGCGGCUUAUUUCUUGGGAAUCCAUGGGUACCGUGUUCAUAGACCAUGUUAAUAUUACCACUGCACCUAACUCCCAACCCAAGGUAAGGACCUAUUUUAUGCACGGUUGGCGGGACAAUGUAGAUACUAUGCUGCUCCCAGGUUCGUGUCAUGCUAAGGACGAAUUGCGUUCCCUCUGUUACUUGGUUACUCUGGCCAUCAAAGCUGCAGUGCUCACCAGUCGACACUGCCCCUUUGCCCCUGAUUUUACCUGUGAACAAACUCUUCCCCCUACAGCAAACUUUACCUGCACCCUGAUUCAAUACACCCCCACCUUGUCCGCGAAUAUGUCUACUGCAAAGAGGGCCCUCCACGCACACGCCCACCAACUCUGGUAUGAGACAGUGGGAAAGGGUGACAUAACGGGGUUCCGAUGGACUAUUUUAGAUGCCACACUGGGGACCAUUAGAUUUUCCCUUCCUCUGUCCCACUUCCAAAUUGCCGCUACCUACCCUAACUGCUCCAAGGGAGCGGCCGUCAGGCUAAUGCAACAACGUUUCUUGAUAGGAGGGCACCGGGCCAAGAGAGGGAUAGCUGAUACCUUAUGGAAGGGUGCAAAUAGUGCAGCCUCAGCUUGGAGUGUCCUUAAGACCUCCCAACACGAAUCCAGAUUGGGACAACUCGAACAUGCGGCCGGUCUUAUCUCCGCAGCACAGGUAACGGGACUUAAGGCGGGGAUAGGGGAAUUACAUGUUAUCUCCACCCUUAACAUCCUGACCCACGAUCUCCUCUCCCAGAUGGUGUACCACAUUUCUGGGGCUGAGAAGGCAUUGCAGUGGGACCUAGCCUGUUCAGAGGUACAGGAUUUUCUUAACACUCAACUUGCGGAUAUCCGAGAGGACCUCAGGCAUCAGGCGUGGCCCGCUGCCCUUCGGAACACCUCGGGUGUUCCCCCAGAACUGUGGCCUUGGAGGCAUACGUGGAGAUUCUCCAGUUGGGAUUGCCAACGCUCUCAGUGCUCUUUCCAAGCCUAUGGGCCUGUGAGCGGGAUAUGGGCUCCCACAUACCGGAUCCUCCCAGGCCCCUGGGGAGGAUGUUUGUGGGAUUGGGUUAUCCACCAGGAUGUUUGGGAGAUUAAGUCACCCCACGGCCCCAACCGUUUCCUAGUUAGUGCGGCGGAGAUAACCCCUGAUAUUUGGAUAGGCCAGGGCUCGUUAUGGACCCUGUGGCCUCUACAGCCCCCUCAACUCCGGUGCAUUCGUAAGUUAAAACCCGGAGAAAUCAUUGUUCUUCAUGAACAUGUUUGUUGGGAAGGUUGGGGUAGGUUAGCAACUUUGAGUUCCCAAACUAUCCUCGAGGCGAACAGUAGUUGUGUCCUUGUCAACUCUUCAACCCUGCUGGACACUGUUUUUAAUUUAACCACCGCCUUAGGUUCUCAGGUUGUUUAUUGGCCUGCGGACCGACGCUACCAGGUUUCUUUAUCAUUUUCUGUCCCCUUUGAUUGGACUGCCCUAGUGUUAGACUGGUUCCAUUCCCUCGAGACCCUUCUGCCUGAAAUUCGUAAGCUUUCCCAACUGAAGGAUCAGGUAGACGUUUUGGAAACCACUUAUAACACCGAACUCCGAGCCUUCGAAACAGCUCACCGGGUCACAACCCUUUGUACAGGCUCGGAUCUUAUCUGUGUUAUCUCCAGGGUAUUCCACCCCCCUCAGAUGCAUAGUCUCCUGUUCUGGGGAUUCAUUGGUGGAGGGCUCCUAUUAGGCGCCUGUGCCUGUUACUGUUGUUGCACUCGUUGUCGCCUCCGGCCCACGGUCCUGACCUUUCCGCCACCACCCCCUUACCCCGUGCCCCUUGCCCCAUUGCGGGAGUCUGUAUUGGAACCUGAGUCCCCAGUUUAUGACUCCCUAGAAAUCACCUAUUACAACGGAUAUGAAACACCUCAGGAGGAAAAUCCCGAGGUCCAUGGUUUAAUGACUAUCCAUAUUGAAGGUAUAGAUGGUUGAUGCAAAUAGCAUCAAAAGGAGGGGGUUGAUAGGGAUUUUCUAGGUCCUGCAUACCCCACCCUGCAUAGAACCCUAAAAUUCUGUCUCGCUAGCCUUACAGUAAGUUAGCUUAGCAUAAGUAGCAGUAGGUUGCUGUAGGCCAUGCUUGUUUAACAAUAGGGCAUAGGAAAAUUUGUAAUAGUAUGGCAUAAUCAAAGAGGCCUACAGAAAAGAGGAACCAACACCAACUGGUAAUUGUGUAUCAUGGUCUCAUAUAACAGUGUGAUAGCAAUGGAAAAUUUUAGGUCUUGUACAAUUGUAACCGCACGUAGGUGGGCACAGUUGGGAAACAGAGCUUAUUGUACAAGCCAACUAGACGCAGUUACAUUAAGCAAUUUAGUAAACAAUAAGGCACGCAAGAUAGGUUAAUGCAAGAAGGGGAAAAUGGUGAAAGCAGAAGCCUCUAGGGAAUAACAGGAAAACCCCUAGAUGGUACGGGGUCCGAGUUACGGCCCCAGAGAAACUCUGAUUGGUCUGCUAGUAAGAAUUCUACCAAAUAAGGAUAAUAAACUUUGUAAUGUGUGAUUACGCUUUGCGGUUUUUACCUUUAUAAGCUUGGAGCUGUGAAAUCUAUGCAAGGCGGCUACCCCCCUUGCUUGGGGAUACGCUGACCUUCCCUUUAUGCAUAAUUGUAUUGUGUACCCCAAUAAAGGUGCCUCAGUG